AUGACCCACCUAGAUACUGCGUAUGCAAUUCACAUUGUUAGUCAAUUCAUAGCUGCUCCUCGUACUAUUCACUUUACUACUGUCCUUUGUAUUAUUCGUUAUAUUAAAGGUACUUUGGGUCAUAGUCUACAGUUCUCCUCACAUUCCUCUUUGGUUCUCUCUGGAUUCUUUGAUGCUGAUUGGACAGGUCAUCCUACUGAUAGAAGAUCCAGCACUAGUUAUUGCAUCUAUUUAGGUGAUGCUCUUAUCUCUUGGCGCAGCAAGAAACAAUAUGUUGUUUCUCGUUCCAGCACAGAGUCUGAAUAUCGUGCUCUGGCUGAUGCCACUUUAGAAUUAAUAUGGCUUCAUUGGCUUCUUACUGUUAUGAGGGCUCCACAAAGAUCACCCAUUAUUCUUCAUUGUGAUAACUGUAGUGCUAUUCAGAUUGCACACGAUGUAUUCCAUGAAUGA